CAACACUGUGCUGCUAGUAGAUUUGCAAACCAGUGAGUUAGCAAACACCGGCCAAGCGCUAUUGCACAAAGAUGGGUUAAUGAAAUAGAUAUUAGUAUAUUGCGUUGUUUUGACACGUAUAUAAACUGCAGCUGUUACUUAAAGUUACUUUAUUUUGUCGUCAUGUCUUCCGGAAAGCGUAAGAGGCACUAUAAGGAUAUAAAGUGUGUUUUCUUUCCGGAUGAUGCCGAAAAUGGUUUGCAAAAAGUGGGCAAAGAGCCACGACCCCAUUCAUCUGCGUCUUCCGCCAAGAGCUGGGAGAAGUGUGGGGACAGUUUUCAGGACUCUCCAGUCAUGAAGUUGCAGAACCUCAAGCCAUCAGGAAGGAAACUGUCCGAUAUGAGAAAGAUGGCUCAGUCCUCUGUGCAGACCAGGGCUGACCCCUGUAAUGAGGACCCGGUGCACAUUGCAUGGAGUUCCAGUGACGGAGAACAGUCUGAUGACGAGGCGCAGGAUCAACAACAACAGCGUCCUCAGAGACCGGCGAGACACACAGCGCCCGUCCAAUCUUACACAAGAGCGUUGCGCAUGCUCAGCACUGAUAAAGAUGACCUUCCUAUCAUCGACACAGACAGUGAUCUCGAAGAAUCUGAGGAAGAUGUUGAGAAGGACAGCGGGCAACAAAUCUCAGACUGUGACUCAGAGAAAUUUGAGGAAAAACCUGAGGAUUUACCUCUUACACCUUCAAAUACGGCAGAGCUUGAGAUCUCGGGCUAUGUGUCUGACGGCGAGCAUAUUGACGCCAUGGUGACUAAGAGCAGACCGGACUCUCCUCUGCAGAGCGGCGAGGGCGGCAGGAAGUCGAUCAGAGACUGGGUCAGGUCAGCGCAGGCCAUGCUGCAGACACCUCAGAAACUGCCGUCUAACAUGCAGUCCAAGACCCCUGAAGACUCUGCCAAAAAGAAAAGGAAAUUCAAAAGCGGAGGCCUUGCUGAGAGGCUGAACCGACUCCAGUGCAGACAGAGGUCAGCUGUUAGCUUCUGGAGGCACCAGUCCAUCUCUGAGGCCACAGCAACAGUGGACAGGCCUGGCGUGCUGGUGCUGGAGGUGCUGGAGGUUCAUGAGGAGUGCAGCAUGCAACUGGUGCACUGCGAGCACCAGCAGCCUCCCGGAGAGGGCCACCAGCAGCGUGACGCUCCCCCUGAAGACAGAGCUUGUUUGCUGGUGUUGUUCAACAGAGACACUGCAGCCCAGCUGAUCCUUGUUCCCAGAGACAUCGUCCACAUAUACCCGCCAUGGCAAAGUCUUUCUAUAGAGGGCUCCAGCUGUGAUAUUAUUCUGAACACACACUUCAGCCAGAAAGUCUCCGCUGCUACCAAACCAGCCAACAUGUCCCUUCCCCAAGGCCUGCUCUCAGCAGCGAGGUGCAACCCGUACUCUCUGUGUAAGACAUUCGGGCUGCUGCAGGAAUGCAGGACUGCAGAGGAGCGCAACACCAAACAAACGGCUGCCUCUGAUGCCCCGUAUAGUGCUGGAGGUUCAGGAGUUUUAACAAGACACCGCCUCUCUCUCCUGGAAGCCAUUGAGGGGCUUGGCCAGGCUGGCUCCAUGGGGCAGGACGUGGAGGUGGCGGUCCAGAGAGUUUACUCCAUCCCUGUGCCCGACUGCUCUCCUGUGUCCAUCCUCAAGCCCAGACUCCCCACCAGGUCUUCCUCAGCUUCUCCCCUGGCAGCAGAAAGCAAACACAGGCUCUGUGUGCUGGUCCAGGAUGGAUAUGGAAUGUUCAGCGUGGUCCAGCUCCACCUCCUGCCCUGCAAGGAUGACCUCCGUCAGUACUGCCACAUGUGGCAGGGGAGGACAUGUGUGCUGAGAGGCAUUAAGGUGGUGCAGCGCGUCACAAGAGAAAGGAGCAGCAGACUUUUCAGCUUGAUAGAUAGUCUGUGGCCUCAAGAGAUGCCUCUCAGAGAUCAUGGAAACACACUGAGUGUGUCCAGCGAAAGCAGGCCUGCAGGUCCAGCUCCGAGUUUCUGCUACCUGCUAUCUGGUCAGGAGAGCUCAGUGGAACGCACCGAGGAGCAAACUGUGUCCCCGCUUUACCUUCCUCCCAAAAAACGCACCUUACGAGACAUACUGCAGAGUGAGAUCAAAACCUGUCGCUGCAGUUUUGAUGCCACUGUUCUGUACAAGAGAAUUAUUCAGAGCAGUGAUGUAGGCCAGCGUGAGGUUUGGUUGGUGCUCACAGACCCAAGUGUUCAGCAGGAGCAGCCCGAGAGGUCGUGCAGGCGAACGGUGGCCCUGUGUGUGAGCACUUCCUGUGCGCUCACUUCCUCUGUCGUCGACGCACUAAACUCCCCCGCUGCCUGUCGCAUGUCAUUCAGAGAUGCCAUCGGAGAACAUGGUGUCCUCCUGUGUGUGGAGCAGUCAGUUGUGGAGAUUUGCUCCUCGGACCCUGAGGGCAAUACUGGGUUCGGUUCAGAGUCGCAGUUGCUGCCUGAGAAGAAGACCCUGCCAAAACCUGUGAGACUGGAUCCUCUCAGUCCCGAGGUCAUACCCAACUCCCUCUGCUCUCUCUCAGGCGUGAUAGUUGGUGUGGAUGAAAACACAGCGUAUUCAUGGCCUGCCUGCAACCACUGUGGGAGUGACAGUCUAGAGAUGAUAGCUGAAAAACCACAAAACUUCAGCUGUGUGUCUUGUCAGUCAUCGUUGGACAAACCAGACACAAGGAUUCGACUGGAAGUGUUCCUGAGUUCUUCGAUGAGUAAUUGCACUUUGAAAGUUAAGCUGCAGGAAAAGACGAUCAUGUCCAUCCUCAACACUGGUGCACUGGAGGGUAAUGAGUUCCCAGGUUACGAUGUGGAGAAUGUUCUGGGAAAAGAGGUGGGCCCCCUCGCCGUCUAUGUCCGAGUGGUCACCAGGAAACCUGCCCUCUGGAUCGGCCUGGAAGAAAUCUGCCUCUGAAGCUGUCAGAGCAAGUAGCUAAUGUUAUCAAUCCUCAUGCCUCAGCAGGCUCCAAGGAUCUGCUCGCUAGGCCUCAGUCCCCCCUCCCCCCUCUGAAGGCCUCCCUGACAGCUCGGGGCUGAGCUGAAGUGAACCGGCUGCAUAGACAAGGUCUUGUUUGUGUUAAUGAUAUGUGAGACUGUGGACCAGGAGUUGACAGCCCAAGGGUAGACCAUUGGCAUGCGGUCUGUCAAAGCAGCCCACGUGCUCCGUCAACUAUAUCGGCCUUUGGCUGUAAACACUUUUUGGAAGUUGUCGAGCUAAAUUUUUUUACCUCUGUAUUAAAAAUUUCUGAAUCUGUGUCAAUAAAAGAAUGUAUUUUUGCUGA